CGCCCACGGGCUCCCCCUGGCAGGCGGCCGCACCAUGAUGGACCUCAAGGCGGAGGAGGAGGAGGCAAGCGGCGGGCGGCCCGUGAGCCUGCAGGCCUUCGCCAGCAGCUCCACGCUGCACGGCCUCGCGCACAUCUUCUCCUACGAGCGCCUCUCGGUGAAGCGCGCUGUCUGGGCGCUCUGCUUCCUGGGCUCGCUCGCGCUGCUCGCCCUCGUCUGCACCAACCGCAUCCAGUACUACUUCCUCUACCCGCACGUCACCAAGCUGGACGAGGUGGCGGCCACGCACCUCACCUUCCCUGCCGUCACCCUCUGCAACCUCAAUGAGUUCCGCUUCAGCCGCGUCACCAAGAACGACCUGUACCACGCAGGCGAGCUGCUCGCCCUGCUCAAUAACAGGUACGAGAUCCCGGACACACAGGCGGCUGAUGAGCGGCAGCUGGAGAUCCUGCAGGACAAGGCCAAUUUCCGCAACUUCAAGCCCAAGCCGUUCAACAUGCUGGAGUUCUAUGACCGGGCCGGCCACGACAUCCGCGAGAUGCUGCUGUCCUGCUUCUUCCGUGGGGAAAAGUGCAGCCCCGAGGACUUCAAAGUGGUGAGUACCAGGCACAGUGCCACCGGCUCCCGGGGAUGCAGCCACCGUGCCCUCCAGUUGCCAGAGGGAAGAGAAUUUGUGGGAAACCCCCACUCUGAGCGGGAGGCGCGAAGCGAAGUGUGCAAAGAGAGGCAGAACCGGAGUGGCGCACGCCGGGACACGGUGCUGGCAGCGCCUUGGGCUGCAUGUCCUGGCUCCGGCCGCCCGGCAGGGAGCCCGGAGAGCAGAUGGAUGCAGAAGAGCCCGGCCCUGCGGGAGGAGCGGCCGGGGCAGCCGGGCUCCACGCGGACGGACGCUCCCCGCGGCACCGCCCCCGCCUCCACCUGUCCCCGGCCGCAGAACCGCCCCUCGCUCCUCCUCUCACCCUGCUCCUGA